CCUAUAACAGAAACAACUGAGCCCACUUUGUCCUCAGAACCCGCGUCCCUCUGCGUGCGCUCCGGAGCUUCCAACAGGUUGGAGAAAGACGGAAACGUCCUCCCCCCUUCUCCCUCUCCACCUUGCGCGUCUUCGAUUUCUUUGACCCUGACGGCCAAGAUGAUGAUGAUCAUCGCGGAGUUCUUCGUGGUUCUUCUCAAGGUGCUCUGGGCUUUCCUCUCCGCCGGGAGCAAGUGGGUCGUGCGGCCCAAGGAGAAGAGCGUGGCGGGACAGGUGUGCGUGAUUACCGGCGCCGGGAGCGGCCUCGGCCGGCUGUUCGCCAAGGAGUUCGCCCGGAGACGAGCCAUCCUGGUCUUGUGGGACAUUAACAGCCAGGGCAACGAGGAGACGGCGGAGAUGGUGCGGCAGAUAUACCAUGAAGUGGACGCUCCCAUCACCAAAGACGGACCUGUUGGAGGGGUAGAGGAGGUCCCCGCCUUCCAGCCUCAGGUCUACACCUACGUGUGCGACGUGGGGAAGCGCGAGAGCGUGUAUUCCACGGCGGAGAAGGUGCGUCGAGAGGUGGGCGAGGUGGACAUGCUGAUCAACAACGCCGGCGUGGUCUCGGGUCAUCACCUGCUGGAGUGUCCCGACGAGCUGAUCGAGCGCACCAUGGUGGUCAACUGUCACGCACACUUCUGGACCACCAAGGCGUUUCUCCCCAAGAUGCUGGAGCUGAAUCACGGCCACAUUGUAACUGUUGCCAGCUCUCUGGGGUUGUUCAGCACAGCUGGAGUGGAGGAUUACUGUGCUAGCAAGUUCGGAGCCAUCGGGUUUCACGAGUCUCUGAGCCACGAGAUUAAAGCUUCGGAGAAGGACGGCAUCAACAUGACUCUGGUGUGUCCUUACCUGGUCGACACGGGAAUGUUCAAAGGUUGCAGGAUAAGGAAGGAGAUCGAGGCCUUUCUGCCCCCCCUAAAACCAGAGUUCUGUGUGAAACAAGCCAUGAGGGCCAUCCUCACAGACCAGCCGAUGGUCUGUACACCUCGCAUCGUCUACAUGGUGAACUUUAUGAAAAGUAUCCUGCCCUUCGAUGCCAUCGUCUGCAUGUAUCGAUUCUUAGGCGCCGACAAGUGCAUGUACCCUUUCCUCGCGCAGAGAAAGGAGGCGAUGAACAACAACGAAGCGAAGAACGGGAUCUAG